AGUACUUCUCAACAAAUCAGAAGAUGGGAUAAGCAGGUGGAAAAAGGUGGAUCAGUUGAAGAUAAAGGUAGAGCAAUUGACAAUUGGGUAUUUGCGAAAUUUGUUGUGUAUGAAAGCAGUAAUAAAAAAAUUACUGAUAAAAUGUUACAAAAAUGGGCAUGUCAAGCAAAAGAAAUUUGCUUGCCAAAUGUUAAUAAUUUUCCUAAUUUCAAUGGAGGUCCUAAAUGGUUGUCUAAAUUUAAAAAAAUACACAACGUCGAUGGUCCGCCCAAUGAUCUGAAAAUCUGGAAUCAAUGUGAUGAUAAUACUUUAAUAAAACUUGAAUCAUCUGACCCAAAUGAAAAUGUAGUUGUACGACGAAAUAUAUUCAAACAAAAUAAAGUAAUUGUUCCGUAUGAGCAAAAAGUAAAAGUUGUAAAUACUGCUCUUGAACAUCCUGAUUGGACAAUCAAAAUGAUAAGAACAUACACUCAAUGUUAUGUCAAAGAUCGUUCUGUUAUUGCAAAAUGGAUAAAACAGUUAAAAAACGGCGGAACAUUAGAACAAAAAAUCAAAGCUAUUAAUGAAAAAGUAUAUGAAAAAUGCAUUGAUUAUAUAAAAAAUCACAAUGAAAAUCUAAACUAUUUGAUGAUUAAAAAUUGGGCACUUGCAGCAAAGAAUGCAUUAUUUUCGGAAAAUUGUAAAAAUUUUAAAUUUGCCGCAUCACGUGGUUGGUUUACAACAUUUAAAAAUACUUAUUGUAGUACUGAAAUAUCACUAAAUUUGGAACUUAGUGAGUUAAACACUUCAACAUUAAAAAAUGAUAUUAGUGACUCGGAUAAAAAAGCUGAUAUAUUUGGUGGUAAGGAGGCACCAUAUACAGAUGCGCCAUUGGCCUCUCAAGCAGUAAAUUUAAAUUCUGAUGAUAUCAACACCGAAUCUCUCAGAUUAGAGGAUAAAAUGAAAGUUGUACAAUUGGCAUGUGAUAAUCCAACGUGGCCGCUCAGAAUACUAAGAAAAGUAUCUGGAAUUAAACAAUUAAAGACUAACAGACAACUUAAGAUCUGGGCCAUUCAAUGUGGACGAGCUGCAAAAAAAUAAAAUAAUGAAAAUUCAAAAAUAGAUAUAUGCGUUAUAAGUUAUAACUCAUAACAAUAACUUAAACUAUAAAUUCAUUUUCAUUUAAAAUUUAUUCUAUUCGAUAGAACUAUUUUGAAUUAUAAUUUUGACAUUGCUUUAUAAGUGAUUAGAUAAUCUACAAAGUUUAAUUUUGCGAAAUUAUCUUUUUUUUUUGUGGAAAAACUAAUCUUACACACAAGCAACACCUGUUCAUGCGAAUCGAAUCAAGUUAUCGAUUCAUUAGAAUUGUCUUAUUUUUUAUUUUUUUCUUUUUCUUAUAUUUCACUAAUUUUUGAUAUAACUUUUU